AUGCACGAAACCCUGAGUGUCAUCGAUGAGCAUAUCACAGACAUGCGUAGCCCGCGCGACGCACCCCUGACAAAUAUACACAGCCACGACACUGAGAGCAUCUACAGCGCACACGCCUCUAACCGCCUAUCUUACAUCAACGGCCGCGAGACCGACGACGAGGAGAACCAGCUGCAUACUGAGGCCGAAGUCAUGUUGUGGUCACCUGUACGCGUUGCUGAAUAUCUCGAAGACCACGGCGUCGAAAGGUCGCAUUGUGACACUUUUCGCGAGCAGGAGAUAUCCGGAGAGGUGCUUUUGACCAUGGAGCAGUCGGCCGUCUUUAUCAAAGAGUUCGAACUUGGUUCUGUGGGGAGGCGAUUGAAGACGUGGCAGAAAGUAAAGGCUCUCCAGGAUGAAGUACGCCAAAGCUCGACCAACGUACCUAGGAGUGUGUCUGAAUACUCGGCUGCUGGCGACGAUCUACAGACCGAGGCUGGAAGGAGACGGAGCCAGAGCGUGACGGCCUCCCCAUACAGACCCGUUAGCAGUAUAGCAACCCCAUCCAUGACCUUCACUCGGCCAGACAACACCCAGCGUCCCUCGGCUGCUUCCAUCCGCAACCUCAACCAUUCCCGUAGGCACUCGUCUAUGGGAUCAAUCGAUAGCAUGAAUCGCUACUCACACCAAAGGCAGUCCUCGGUCGGCACAACCUCCGGAGCGCCCACCACCACUCGCCGUCUUUCGAUUGCUCACGAACCAGCGGCCGACCUCGGGACCACAAUUGCACAGGCCGAUGGAGGCGUUGGCGACUAUGGUUUUGGCUCACUCUCUUCACCAGUCGAUUUGGACCGCGGUUACUUCUCUGGAAACGAGGUUGAUGCCCGCAACAAGCGCAAUGUUUUGCAGAAGAAGUCGACAUCGGCUCACACAAGGAACAUAAGUGCUGCUACUGAUUCUGCUCGCCACAGCGCUUCGUACAGAAAUUUCCCUAGGAUGUCCAGUGUCGAGUCGAUGCGCGAUCCUGCUUCGCCCAUCAUGUCUCCUGCGUCCAGCCAGUUUUCCUUCAACAAGCCUGCUAGUACCCGUGCUGUCAGCAGUCCACAUUCUGCCGUCAAACCCCUGGCAUCUAUUCAACAGCCCGUAUCACCCAUUGUCACACGACUAGAUCAAACUUUGGCUGACAGCGACAAUUCAUCGCUCAAUCCCUCGCCAUCACCUGCCUCGAACACUCGAUCCUUCUUCUCCAAGCCUCGUAUCGGUGGUGGACUUCGGAUAGCUUCCGAUGCCGUGACUCAGAGCGAGAAGAAGCAGAGUACCUUGAAGCACGAGCCUCUCGUUUCUCCCGCUCGUACUGGCUCUACCACUCCUUCGACCGAGACUCGUUCGUUCGAUUUGCAGAAGUCAGACAACCAAUCUCGAGUAUCAACGGGCUCUUCAGGCGCCCUUGCUCCACCUGCAAUCUCCACUCGUCCUAGGCCAAAAGUGAAGAGCAAGAAGUCAACGUCAGCAUACACUCGCGGCCUGGAGAAAAAGUCACCUGCCGAGCAGAUCGCCGAUUGUGAUUACAGUGGAUGGAUGAAGAANAAAUCCUCGAGCUUGGUAGGCUCGUGGAAGCCUCGUCUUUUUGUACUUCGUGGUCGGAGACUGUCCUACUACUAUUCUGAGAACGACACCGAAGAGAAGGGUCUGAUCGACAUCUCAUCACACCGCGUCCUGCCUGCUGAGAACGAGAAAAUGACAGGGCUGCACGCUGCACUCACGGGUGCCGGAUCGUCNCCCAUGGUGCCACAAGGGACUGUAGCGCCGUCUGCGGACGGACAAGGUCUCUUCAUAUUCAAAUUAGUCCCACCACGUCAAGGACUUAGCAAAGCUGUCAACUUUACAAAACCGACCGUACACUAUUUUGCCGUAAACAGUAGGCAGGAAGGUCGAUUGUGGAUGGCUGCGCUCAUGAAAGCCACUAUUGAUUAUGAUGCUUCGAAUGGUAAAGUCACGACAAGCUAUAGUCAAAACACAAUAUCCCUUUCAAAGGCCCGCGCACGCAACGAGCGUCCGCCUGCUCUACAGGAUACGAUCGCCACGCCUAAAGUCGUACACGAACUGGAAGAUUCAUCAAGGCCCAAAUCUAGUGGCCUGGGCAUUGGUGGUCUCGAUGAAGCUCAACCAGGAGCCGAACGGAAUGGCAGCUUGAACGAGUCGACGACAUAA